AUGUUCUUGAGAGUUACUCAUGUAACUGGUGUUGGUCGUAUGUUGAAGUAUAAGAAGCUUAUGCCAGAUUUCAUUGGUCCUUAUCAGAUUUUUCUGAGAGUAAGAGGGGUUGUCUACAGAGUUACAUUACCUCUGUAUCUUUCGAAUCUUCAUGAUGCAUUCCAUGUGUCUCAGAUUCGAAAGUAUAUUCAUGAUCCACCUCACGAGGUCCAGUUGGACGGUUUUCACGUUAGAGAGAACUUGACAGUUGAGACUUUGCCGUUGAGGAUUGAGGACUGUGAAGUGAAGCACUUGCGAGGCAAUGAGAUCGCUUUAGUGAAGGUUGUUUGGGGAGGUCCUGCUGGUGGUAGUGUGACAUGGGAGUUCGAGACUAGGAUGAGAGAGUCUUAUCCAUAA